GAAGGCUCUCCCUUCCUGGACUAUAUAAAGCCGGUGUGGGAUGCUGCGUUUUGCCGACUUUGCCAAAGUCUAAAAGACUCAAAAAAGGACCUCUUUAUUUCUUUCCUUAACCCAUAUACUUUAUCAUGAGCGACCUCAACUGGUGCACCUAUUGUGACAAUGCCAUUAGUUCCUUUUCGAAUUCACUCUACUGCAGUGAACAGUGCCUCAAAGCCGAUGCGCUAAAUCACCAUCCUCUUCUCGGUUACGACUAUGCCGAAUUCAAAAACUUUCCUCGUUCAUCUCCUAUUGUGUCAUCCACAACAUCAUCGUCCUGUUCCUCAUCUCAGUCAAGUUCACCGCCCCUGUCUCCUAUUCCAAACUACUCAUUCUCACUCAGCAGUACAUCCUCGUCCUCAUCGCCUUCCCUACUCGAACUAGAAGCUGCAUGGUCUAUGAACAAACUACGAAAAUCAUCCAUCACGUCAUCUUCUACAUUGCUUGCAUCCCCAGUCGACCGUAGUAGUAUCUUUUUUUGAUCUGUAAUUUCCAUUUAUUCCCCUUUUUUCAAAUACCCAUCAUGUAAAUAUCCUCUUCCAAAAAAAAGUCUCCUCAU